GGUAUUUUGGAUAAUAAAAAUCUUAAACUACAAUAGGUAUAACCUAUAGGCGAGUAACACUCCAAAAGACGCUCAAGGUGACGGUCACGGUGCCGGUUCCCAACUCAUACGCAAAUUCAAUUCCUUUAGAACCACUCGAACCUCUCAAAAGUCAUACGCAAAUUCGUCACUCAUAGGCUAAUUCCAAAGCUCGAAUUGCAGACUCUCGUUCCAGGGAUGGAUAAUUUACAUGUUAUAAACUUAUGAUUCCAAUGAAUUUCUGCUUAUUCCACGUAGAAGAAUGUCUGAGGCAUCCAAGGUUAUUCAUGUACGCAAUGUGGGACAUGAAAUUUCUGAGAAUGAUUUGCUUCAGUUGUUCCAGCCGUUUGGAGUGAUCACAAAACUAGUGAUGUUGCGUGCAAAGAAUCAGGCUCUUGUUCAAAUGCAAGACGUUCCCUCAGCUGUUAACAUUUUGCAGUAUUACACAAACACGCAGCCGACUAUAAGGGGAAGAAAUGUUUAUAUUCAGUUUUCUUCACAUCAAGAACUAACAACAAUGGAUCAGAAUUCACAUGGGCGAGGAGAUGAGCCCAAUCGAAUUCUCUUAGUUACAAUUCAUCAACUGGUCUAUCCAAUAACUGUGGACGUGCUGCAUCAAGUUUUUUCGCCUCAUGGAUUAGUGGAGAAGAUUGUCACGUUUCAGAAGUCAGCUGGUUUCCAAGCCCUUAUCCAAUAUCAAUCACGCCAUAGUGCGGUCACCGCUCGAAAUUUGCUUCAGGGACGCAAUAUCUAUGAUGGUUGCUGCCAACUGGAUAUUCAAUAUUCGAAUCUGGAUGAACUGCAAGUAAAUUAUAACAAUGAGCGGACAAGGGAUUUCACAAAUUCAUCUUUGCCAUCAGAACCAAAAGGCAGGUCUUCUCAGCCUGGUUAUGCUGAUGGUGGUGGUAUGUAUCCACUUCCGGCAGGUGGAUCACCAGUUGCUUUUCCACAGAUGGCGAACCAUUCAGCUAUUGCAGCUGCUUUUGGUGGCGUUUUCCCUCCUGGAAUUACAGGAAUGAACGACAGGUGCACAGUCCUUGUUUCUAACCUAGAUCCUGAUAGAAUAGAUGAAGAUAAACUUUUCAAUUUGUUCUCUCUGUAUGGGAACAUAGUGAGAAUUAAACUUCUUCGUAAUAAACCGGAUCAUGCCCUAGUGCAGAUGGGUGAUGGCUUCCAAGCCGAAUUGGCUGUUCACUUUCUGAAGGGGAUUACUCUCUUUGGCAAGCGAUUAGAUGUCAACUAUUCCAGGUAUCCUCAAAUCACAACAGGUGCUGAUACUCAUGAAUACCUCAACUCAAACCUCAACCGGUUCAACCGUAAUGCGGCCAAAAAUUAUCGCUACUGCUGCUCUCCGACAAAAAUGAUCCACUUGUCCACGAUCCCUCAGGAUAUUACUGAGGAAGAGAUAGUGAGUCAUUUAGAGGAACAUGGCACUAUAGUCAGCACUAAAGUUUUUGAGACCAAUGGCAAGAAGCAAGCCCUUGUUUUAUUUGAGGAUGAAGAGCAGGCAACUGAAGCCCUUGUGUGCAAAAAUGCGACCACCCUUGAUGGGUCCGUUAUUCGCAUUUCGUUCUCUCAGUCACAGGCGAUAUAAGGGCUCUGAUAUUAUUAAUUUGCGAUUCCACUUUUACCAUCAGAAUCGCAAACUAUCUGUGCAACCUCCUGACUUACAUGUAUGAUGUCUGAGUGUUGGGAUUAUUUUCUUUUUUUCCCCCUUCUGUUUCUUAACAUAUGCUAAUUGCUCCUUCCGGGUAAAGUCUCUUCAUGAGCAGGGUUCGGAAGGUUGCAGCCAUGAGCAAGGUGUAUCACUAUUUCUUUUAUACUCGCUCGCUCUUUCUUUUUCUUGGCUGUAUAUUCUCGCGAGUCUGCUAUUCCUUCAAGAAAAUAGUUUUCUGUAAUUCUUUCGCAUAUGUAAUAGUCUGCUGUUCCGUUGCUUUACUUUGUAAUACUAGUUUGAUGUGUUUUUGAGCUGUUUUUUUUAUGUUGAAGAUCCACCCUUUUGUCUUUGACUAUUGAAGAAGUUUAAUUCAAAUCCUACCCCCAAUUUUGUACCA